ACCAAGGAUAUUGGCAACCGAGAAGAACCGAAGAAUUUCCAGAAUGAGUCAAGCUGAGGAAAGCAGUAGCCACUCGACAUGGAAUAUUGUGAGGUCAGUAGUCUGCAUAAUACUGAGCUUGUCAUUUGUUAUUGGGACCCCUGGAAAUUGCAUCGUCAUCUGGACUGUUUGUGCAAAAAUGAAGCAAGUAUCUCCUUCAGUUCUGCUGAUUUUGAACCUGGCUAUUGCAGAUGUCCUUGUACUGAUUACUUUACCAAUUUGGAUUUACUCCUUUGCUGACUCAUGGGUCUUUGGAGUCAUCUUCUGCAAAAUACUGGUUUUCAUUAUUUACUGCAGCAUGUAUGCUAGUAUAUUUCUAAUUACAGCACUGAGCUUGGAACGGUUAAUGGCUGUGUUUUACCCUUUCACAAUUCAAAGAUACAAAACAAAAGAGAAGAUUUCUUUAAUCAUGUUCCUCAUUUGGUUCCUGUCUAUUACUUUCGGCAUUUCUGUCAUUCCAUUUCAAGAGACAGAAGAAACGGACAGUGGACUACUAUGCACAUGUCGCAACUACUCUUCUAAUAGGCAGAAGGUGUCGUAUCUUUUGCUGGAGACUCUUGCAGGUUUUGUAAUCCCUUUUUUAAUUAUUUGCACUUGUUACGUGUGUGUUGCAAGAAGAAUAAGCAGAAUGACUUACCAAUCUAAGCGGCGAUCAGAACGGCUCAUUGCCAGCAUUGUGGUGGCAUUCAUUUUAUGCUGGUUCCCUCAUCAUCUCUUUAACAUCCUAGAUAUUAUUUCAAUUCAGAUAGAACUCUCUAACGAGGAGAUGUCUUUGGCACUGGAUGAAAUUGUAGGCAGAGGAGUGUACAUCUCUGGAGCACUUGUAUUCAUCAGUAGCUGUAUUAACCCUCUACUUUAUGCUUUUGCUGCGCGAAGAUUUCAGAAUCACCUGAGAUUUGCCAAGAUAUCAAAGCUGUUUGAACAGAUGAGUCAGACUGUAACAGAGGAAGACAAGAAAAAAAGUUUGGUUGUAACCAAACAAGAAGAUACUCUAGUAAGCACAGAAAAUCUCUAACAAGGAACACAGACUUAGUGAAUAAUGUGAUUCUGUGUCAUUCCUUCAGCAGUCCUUUCUCCUUAUACUCUCAGUUUCGUUUAUUAAGUGGUCCAGGUAAAGCUAGAGACAGGUAAAAGUUGUUAGGGUUUGUUUUGUGUGUUAGAAAAGAAUUGGCAUUGACAGCCUAGUUCAGUUCCUGAGUUAGUAUCCACAUGAUGAAAUUAGCACUAUUUCACUGGUGCUGAGAACCUCAGCAAAGUGGCUAGAAGCUCAAAGUGUAAGG